AGACAGAGGGGGAGAGUGACUGUCACACGGAGUGAAACAACAGCGAGGGGAGCGGGAAAGAGAAGGGGAGAGGAAUAAAGUAACCAGCGUUUAAUUUCGCGCCCGACGUGCAGGUUUGCGCAGACAGACAGCAGAGAUUCAGCGGAAGAAAAGUUCAGAUCCCACGAACUCGCGCGUGGGAGUGGGAAGCAGGAUCGUGACUGACUGAGGCAAGCUCCACUGUCUGUCUCGACAUGGCAGGACCUGGAGGUGACAUGCAGUGGUGCUUCUCUCAGGUGAAAGGAGCCAUCGAUGACGACGUAGCUGAAGCGGACAUCAUAUCCACAGUUGAGUUUAACCACACAGGGGAGCUGCUCGCCACAGGAGACAAGGGUGGGCGCGUAGUCAUUUUCCAGCAAGAAAUAGAGAAUAAGAAUCAGCCUCAGUUCCGCAGUGAAUACAAUGUUUACAGCACUUUCCAGAGCCACGAGCCCGAGUUUGACUACUUGAAGAGUUUGGAAAUAGAAGAAAAGAUCAACAAGAUUCGCUGGCUUCCUCAGAAGAAUGCUGCCCAGUUCCUUUUGUCAACUAAUGAUAAAACAAUCAAGUUGUGGAAAAUCAGUGAAAGAGACAAGAGACCAGAGGGCUACAAUCUCAAAGAGGAGGAUGGACGCUACAAAGACCCCAACACCAUCACGUCACUGCGGGUACCAGUUUUAAUACCCAUGGAUCUCAUGGUGGAAGCCAGUCCACGCAGGGUGUUCGCCAAUGCUCACACCUACCAUAUCAACUCUAUCUCAGUCAACAGUGACAAUGAGACCUAUCUGUCUGCAGACGACCUCCGCAUCAACCUGUGGCACCUCGAGAUCACGGACCGCAGCUUCAAUAUUGUUGACAUUAAACCGGCCAACAUGGAGGAGCUAACAGAGGUGAUCACAGCAGCAGAGUUCCACCCUCAUCAGUGUAACACCUUCGUCUACAGCAGCAGCAAAGGAACCAUCCGUCUGUGCGACAUGAGGAUUUCAGCGCUGUGUGACAAGCACUCCAAAUUGUUUGAGGAGCCAGAAGACCCCAGUAAUCGCUCCUUCUUCUCUGAGAUCAUAUCCUCAAUCUCAGAUGUUAAGUUUAGCCACAAUGGACGCUACAUGAUGACCAGAGACUACUUGUCUGUGAAGAUUUGGGAUUUGAACAUGGAGAACAGGCCAGUGGAGACCUAUCAGGUUCAUGAGUACCUGAGGAGCAAGCUGUGCUCGCUCUACGAGAAUGACUGCAUCUUUGAUAAGUUUGAAUGCUGCUGGAAUGGCAAUGACAGUGUGGUGAUGACUGGCUCAUACAACAACUUCUUCCGGAUGUUCGACCGUGGCCACAGGAGGGAUGUAACUUUGGAGGCGUCCAGAGAAAACAGCAAGCCCAUGCAGGUCCUAAAGCCCCGCAAAGUGUGCGCUGGUGGCAAACGUAAGAAGGAUGAAAUCAGCGUGGACAGUUUGGACUUCAACAAGAAGAUCCUUCACACUGCGUGGCAUCCCCAGGACAACAUCAUCGCAGUGGCGACUACCAACAACCUCUACAUAUUCCAGGACAAAGUGAACUAACUGGGGUGAGCUUAUGUGAGAUCUGGUGUGGGUGACUUCAUGUGUCCCACCUGCAGCCUCAUCCAGGGUGAUCUGUGGAAACGCCGACAACCAGCAUCCCUGUCCGUCGCUACUGAGUGACCAGUCUUUGCCACUUUGUUCUAGAUGUGGACAGAGGAAGCCUCACUCUUGCCCAUCAUCAGCCUGUCUGUCUGCGGCAGAGUAACACCCGCCUUGUUGUUUAAGUGAUGUUGUGCCAAUUUUUUUUUUUUUUUUCCCCUCAGCCCACCUGCCCUUUUCUUCCCUGUCUUAUCAUGGGUAAACCAGUUUAUUACUUUCCUUAAAAUUCUGAAUACAAACACAAUUAUUUUUAUAACUUCUCCCCAAUGGCUCCGUGGUAAAAAAUGAAAAACACUUAUUUAGUAUGUCCCCUUGUCCUUGUUGUCCUGUGCCAUUGUAGUGUUUAUUUUUCUAAUAAAAAACAUUUUUUGUGUGUAUAUACACCUUAAAUUCAUCUGUUAUAUUCUCAUCAUAUUGUUUGAGUCUCUUCACAUGUCUCCCUGCUUUCAUUAAACCGUGCAUACUCAUCAGUCACAAAUUAAUGCUCACAGUUUUCUUUACACACUUACUGCUCAUACUGGAAAGCAACACCUCGCGGUUGCUGCCAGGAGUUUGAGAAGCGCAGUGUGUUUUCAGAUUGAAAGCCCAGACCACCCAAUGAGGAGCUAUCCUGCUCACUUUCAUUGUGCCUCAGGCUCUGGGCGGCCAAAGGCCAAAUAAGUCCAGACUCCAGAGGAGAUUGUGAUGAUGAUGAUGAUGGUGAUUUUUUUCUUUUUAUGGGCUCUGUGUCUUGACACCGUUUGGUUCCUCUUCCUUCCUUUGUUUGUGUUCAACAAUAGUCAGGUAUAAGAGAUAGCCUAUUCAAAGAUAAUUAUGAUUGUCAUAUUUAUAUUAAAAAAAAGUUAAAAUGUCACCAGAUUUGUUCCGUCCUAUUUUGUGAAGAGACGCUGGACCUUACACAUAUCUUUGAGUGAUCUUAAGUGUUGUCUUCCCACAGUGUACCACAGCACUGAAGCUGUACUUCACAACAGGGAAAACCUUUGAUUUGACACUGGACCCUCUUACUGCACCACUUAAAGUACUUGGAUGUGUAAGACUGCAGUUUAACAGAAAACAUUAUUUGAGGCAUUAAGUCAAUUAAGUGUUUAAACUACUGCAGACGUUAUUACUGCUACUGUAUGUGAUGGUACAAUAAGCUGCACAAGAAUUUGCAGCAGUUGAUGUUUCCACACCAUAUUUAAAAUGUGGUCAGUUUAGACUAUAUUGAUGCCUCCAGUAAUGUGUACCUACAAUUUUAAUCUAUGACAGUGAA